UAAAAAGUCUUUGCAGCUAUAUGUGUGUGUGCGCGUCAUUUUAGAGCGUGAAUUUUCGAUUCGGUAAAAAAAAAACGUAAAAAAGCUAAUCAAUAAUAUUUAUGAAUGUUUUAAAAAUUGAUGAAUUUAAAAAAGCACUAAAAAUAUAUGCUCAAAUUCGGUAAUUAAUUGUUUUAAGCUCCAAGCAACGCCGAACGACGUGCGAAAGAAAAAUUUUGGUUUCUCUGUGCCAAAGAAUUUACACACAUGAGUGUAUACGCAUACACACACACUUAAGAACUGAAAGCCGGCUCAGCGGGAGGUAAAUUUUGCGUACGCGUGAAAUGUGAGGAAAUGCCGCGCCGGCAGCUGCCAUAUCGAUGUCGACAACUUCAACGCCAACAGCAGCAGAAGCAGAAGCAACCAAUACUACAAGCAACAAAAAGUAUCGCAACCCCCAGCAGCAUAAUUAAAUAAUUGCCAACAGAUCGAUCUCCAUCUGAUAAAUUAAGUGUAAAGUGAAAGAGCGAUUGAGUGAAGUGCGCCCGAACAAUUAAAUAAUAACAUUGGCAGGCAAAUUCAUAAAAAGAAGAAAGAAAGAAUACGAAACACAAUUAAACAAGUUCUUUAAUCGAAAUAUUGCAACCAACCGAAUAAGGCGAUUUUCAACGUGCAGUAAAAAUGAAGCGGCGCAAUGCAGAUUGUGGCAAAUUACGUCGCCCAAUGAAGCGGAACAAAAUCACAGAGGGCAUGUAUGGCAGCACAACUGUUCUAUACAUGAAAUUUCUAAUACUUUGGGCCAUUGUGAUGGUGGCCGACUUCAUGUUUAUGUUCCGAUUUGAAUUCCUCUGGCCAUUCUGGCUGCUGCUGCGCUCCGUGCAUGACUCCUUUAAGUACAAGGGCUUGGCAUUUUCUGUGCUAUUCGUGUGCAUUGCAAUAACAUCGGAUCUGGUGUGCUUGUUCUUCAUACCCGUACAUUGGCUGCUCUUUGCGGCCAGCACGUACGUCUGGGUGCAGUACGUCUGGCAUACAGAUAAGGGCAUCUGUUUGCCAACUAUUAUAUUGUGGAUGUUGUUUGUCUACCUGGAGGUGGGCAUACGAUGGAAAGACAGUCGUCAUAUGCCACAUUUGGACCUAUGCCGGCCGUUCGCCGCGCACUGCAUUGGCUAUCCAGUGGUUACGCUUGGCUUUGGCUUCAAAAGCUACGUGGGCUAUCGUAUGCGGCAGCGGAAGCAGCGUGAGGUUGCUAAAGAGAAUGAGUUCUAUAUGCAGCUGUUGCAGCAGGCACUGCCCGCCGAGGAGGCUACCGAUGAGGCACAAAUAGCGGGCGCGACAGCGGUAACUGUUGCCUCCAAUGGAGCUGUGGUUGUACCCAAUGGCACGGGCGGUGCGCCGGCAGCGCUCACCACAUCGGCCUCGACCCAGGCCAAUGGUGUUUUGGUAACUGCAACGCAAGCACAAAAUCAUCACGAGCAUCAUCACAGCGCUGGCAGUGGUGGCGGUGGCGGCGGCGGUGGAAGUGGCAGUGGCAGCGGCUCCGGCAGCAAUGCUAGCAAUAGCAAUCAUCAUCAUCAUCACCAUCACAACAACAAUAAUAAUAAUAACAACAACAGUAGCAGCAGCAGCAGCAACAAUCAUCACACCAAGGAUAACACAACUAGCGAGAGCAGCACAGCGAGUGGGGCAACGGCAUCGGCAGGAGCCGCUGCUGCUGGAGCCGCAACAUCGUCCGCAUCUUCGUCAGCGUCCACAAACACAUCAGCCUCUGCGACAGCCAGGCAAUCAAAUUCAGCAGCAUUAGCAGGAACAACAACAACAGCAACCGCAAAUGGUCAUGUUGGCGGUGGCUCACGCAAUCAUCGGCGUAGUAUGGACAAGGACAAGCAUCGCAACAAGAGCGAUGCAGGCGACAAUGAGCACAACAAUGGCACGCGGCAUGGCGGCAAAAAUAGCAGCAGCAACAGCUAUCAGCAAGUUGAUGGCAAUGCAACUACAACAAGUAAUAACAGUAAGGAGAAGUCAGACUGGGAUAGUGGCAAUAGCAACUAUCAACAACAACAACAACAACCGCAGCAACAGCAGCAGCAGCAGCAACAACAACAACAGCAACAGGGGGCAAAGGACAAACAGGGUGCAUUGAACAAAAAGAAAACGCUUAAUUCGAAGCAAAUUGAUAUCGCCCCCUUGCUUGCAGACAAAAAGACGCACAAUGCUGUCAGCAAUGGCAAUGUCCUGCAGUUCGAAACAGAUGAGGCACCGAUCGUGGAAUCAGUGCCUCAAGUGGAGAAGGCGCCUAAAGGCCGUCGAAAUCGUGGUAAGAAGGAUAAUUCAGCCAAAGACAAUCAUAGCCAGCAGCUGGCGCAACAAAAGGAGGCAGCAGCAACUGCUGCACCUGCUGCCGCGGCAACUGCUGCCAGCAACAGUAACAGCAACAACAGUAACAACAACAACAACAAUAACAAUGAUGCCAGCUCCGUUUCGUCGUCGACCAGCUCGUCGUCGAGCAAUGCCGCCGCUGCCGCCAUCUCGCACAUUGCCAGCAAAGUUGUAUCGAAGAUAUGCGAAACAUGUAUUAAGCUGGAGGCAGAUGUUAAGAAAUAUCGUGCCGAAAUUAGCCACAUGAAGCAAAUCGAGAACGAGCUGCGCCAGAAGCUGGACGUCAAUCUGACCAGCAAAUCCAGUUUGCAGGCCAAGCAGAAGGAGUGCGACGAGCUGGAGAAGCGCAUACAGGAGCUGACCAAUGCACGCCAUGCCGACAUGCUCAGUUUGCAGGCUGUGGAACGUCGCCUGAACGAGGAGCGUCGCCAAAAGCAAUCUCUUGACGCCCAGCUGGCCAAUGAGAAAAAGGCACGCAAAGCUGCCGAGGAGAAGGCGGCUCGGCCAGAGUGCAGCGCCCAGUGCAAGCAGCGUCGCCAGCAAAUGGAGGAAGAGUUGAAACGCGUGCGCAACGAGCUCAAGCAGACCGAAGGCGCCAUGCAGGUAGCCGUGGAUCAUGGCCGCAAAUUCGAGCAGGAGUAUCACAUGUUGGAACUGAAGGUGCAAAAUCGCGAGUCCACGCAAGCGGAUGCUGAGAUGCUGAUGAAUGCACUGGCUACCAUGCAGGAGAAGAACACAACGCUGGAGAAGAAUCUAUCCGCAGAGACGAGAGUUAAGCUGGACUUGUUCUCGGCUCUGGGCGUGGCAAAGCGACGGCUAGAAAUAGCUGACAGUCAACGUCGGUCCAAGGAGGAUGAGGUCAUUGAUCUCAAGGCCAAGAUAGCCCAGCUGCUGGCUGUAAUGCCGGACACGCUGUGCCUAAACACGGGGCCGCAUGGUAGCGGAAGCAUGCUGCGCAUGAACGAUACACCUCCGCUACAAUCGGGCGGACCGGGCCCGUCCUCGCCCAUGCUCAGCCUGGGCGUCGCGCAAGAUUAUCAACAGCAUCAGCAUCAGCAACAUCAACAGCACCAGCAGCAUCAGCAGCUACAGCAGCAGCACCAACAACACCAGCAACAGCAGCAUCAACAGCACCAGCAGCACCAACAGCAGCAGCAUCAACUCCAGCAACAGCAACAGGUUGUGCCCGUCUCACAGCAGCAGCAGCAACAGCAAAUGGUUCCCGUCAGUGUGGCUGCAGCGCUGCAUGUGGUGGCCGGCAAUGUGGUCAACGGUGGUGGUGGCGGCGGUGGUCUCUCGACGCUGGAUCCAAAUGCCAGCGUCUAUACGCCCAAAACCGGUAACAUGAUGGUGGUGCCGCCGGUGAAUAUGAAUCCCAAUGGUGCGGAUGCCUGACGCCAGCAGCAUCAACAGCACCAGCAGCACUCAUCGACGUUAUCGUCGGUGAGUGCAUCAUCCUCGCAUCAGCUACUGAGACGACAAGUAUGAGAUUAUUAUAAUUUAUAUGAAACGUAACUGCAAACAGCAUCAACAUCAGCAUCUGCAUCAGCAUCAGCAACGGCAUACGAUAGAUUUGGACUAGAGUAGUCGAUAGAUGACAAACGGCAAGUGGCAAAUGGUAGGCAGUUUGCAUAUGAUAUAAUGAAUGUCCGUACUCUAAGCAUAAGCAGUUUCCUUUAACGAACCCCCCACACAACUACAACAGUAUCACAACUCAAUGUACACCCCAUUAUCAAUUAUCAAUUAUCAAUUUCCAUAACUCAGAAUUGUAGCCAAGAUACAUUUCGCAACGGCAGCUAGUUGAUUGUUUUCUAAAUUCCAUGAAUAUUACCCAAUUAUAUAUGCUUUUAUUUUUUGACCCAUCUCAAAUUGACCUCAAAUGUCAUACAACUUAAUUAAACUAGAAUCCAAAUAUUUUUGGGAUAUAUUUAAAACGAAAUGAAAUGGAAAUUGUAUUCCUAAUGUUCGCAACCAGUUCCAGUUGUCAACUACCUUAUUUAAUCCACCCAAACUUCGCUCAUGGAAAAACAUUAACACAACACUCAUUCACUCAUACUCAUUCAUUCAUUUACACUCAUUUGGCAGACUCGUUGCGCGAGUUCUUGAUUGAUUUAAACACAUUUAAGAAAUAAGAUGAGUAAACGCAAAAGAUAAAGAAACACUAAAAAUGAAAAUAUUAAUUUGUAAUUGAAAAUGCGAACGAAUAGAUAGAAAUGAAGAAAAGAAAGAUCUGUUUACUACUUACUUUACGAAACGCUGUGAGAGUUUGACCAACUUUUAGUGAUGGCUUUUGGAAUUUGGCGUGAAUUAUGCUUUUUAGCCAAAUUGUAUGCCCUCUUUCAAUGGAAUUUUUGAAGUCUGCGCCCUUGAUUUAUUAUCUCAUUAAAUUAUUUUUGUUAUAAACUUUAAUUGUACGCCUAUUAUGUAGAAUUUAACUAUUUUGAAAAACAAAACAAACAAAAUACCAACAAA